UUUAAAUUAGGAAAAAAGAAGCUAUAGAAUACUAAGCUUUAGUGGAUGGCUUUAGUUAAUUGUAUACUAACAUCAGUAAUAAUGAAAAUUCGAGAACAGACAUUUUCUCAGAAAAAAUAAAAAAUGCAGGAACAGGUCUACUGUUAAUAUUUAUUUAUAUAUAUUACGUACAGUAUCACAAACUCGACUACGAAGACUACAAACAUGGCUGAAACAAAGCGCAUUUUUACGGACGAGAGAUGGAGUCUUCAGGGAAAAACAGCUCUGGUGACUGGGGGAUCUCGUGGCAUAGGGCAUGCCAUAGUGGAAGAACUAGCCAGAUUUGGAGCCAUAGUUCACACCUGUUGUCGCAAAGAGAGUGAGUUGGAGCAGUGUUUGGAAGAGUGGAAAAAGAAGGGUUUCAUAGUAAGUGGUUCAGUGUGUGAUGUGUUAUACAGAGACCAAAGAGAGAAACUUAUGGAAACUGUGUCUUCUAUUUUCCAAGGGAAGCUCAACAUUCUUGUAAAUAAUGCUGCGAAAGUAAUACCGAAGGAUUCCAUUGAGUACACGGCUGAAGAUAUUUCGACUCUAAUGGGUACCAACUUUGAAUCUGGUUUCCAUUUAUCACAACUUAGUCAUCCGCUUUUUAAAGCUUCUGGAAAUGGAAGCAUUGUCUUCAUUUCUUCUGUGGCUGGAUCUAUGGCUCUUCCAGCUUGUUCUAUCUAUGGUGCAACAAAAGGAGCAAUGAACCAAAUAACAAAGAACUUGGCGUGUGAAUGGGCAAAGGACAGCAUUCGUGUAAACACAGUUGCUCCUUGGGUUACAAGAACCAAAAUGUUGGAGGGCUUUACGGAAGAUGGCAAUAUUGAAAAGGGAAUCGUUGGUCAAGUAAUUGACCGAACUCCAAUUAGACGAGUAGGAGAGACUAAUGACAUUUCAUCUGUGGUGGCUUUUCUUUGUCUACCUGCUGCUUCAUAUGUCACUGGCCAAAUUAUUACUGUUGAUGGAGGAUUUACUGUGAAUGGCUUCCCAAACCCAUCUCCUGCUGAGCUCUAGUAGAUUAUAUAUAUAAAUAUAUAUAUAUUAAAGUUUUAAGAAAAAAUGAAUUUGAUGUUGUAUGUUUUGUUGGUAAUUAUAUAUGCUCGACAAUGCUUUCUAAUAAAAAAAAUAAUCUUUGAAUUCA